CCCUUCUUUUCUCUGUCGUUUUCUUGCUUGCUUUCAGAGCUUCUUGACCUCCGUGUCGUUCGAUUCGCCGGAACCCUAACUCGAUACCUCCCCUUCUGCACGAACUCGACACUCUAGCUCUACAGUCUCUGGCUGGAGACGAAUUUUGUCCGUCAGUACUGUACUACGGUUUCAGCUCGAUUAGGUUUUCCCUCCCUUUUACCUUUUCGAAAGGCUAAUAAUCUUGGUAGUGGGGUGGCUCUCUCCGGUGGCCCGUCUUGGUCGGAAGGUGUAGAUGAACGUACGAUUGGGGAACACUUGAGGCCUGGGAUUUCAUCGCCGGAUGGAGGGAGGUAGCCUCUCUAGACUUACUUGUUCUGCUGCUGGUACUUUUCAUUUCCCACCUUUUCUUUACUCGUAAAGUCGAAGUUUGAAGUUAGGUUUGAAGUCUGAGCUCUUUUGAAAUUGUUAUGACUAUGAGGAGCCGGGUCAAAUUUUCAUGGUAGUUGGUGCAAAUAGAUGCUCUUCCUAAGUUUGAAUUUGAUGACAAUCUUCAUGGGCCAUUAAGAUUUGAUAAUUUAGUAGAAACCGAGGUUUUCCUUGGCAUUGAAAGCAACGAAGACAGCCAGUGGAUUGAAGAUUAUUCACGAGGAAGCACUGCAAUACAAUUCACUUCAAGUGCAGCAGAGUCUUGUUGCAUUUCACGACAGAACAAUGUUUGGUCUGAGGCUACUUCCUCAGAAUCUGUUGAGAUGUUACUAAGAUCUGUGGGACAGGAAGAAAGUGUUCCCAGACAAGCUAUUGCUAAGAAGUCAAAUACAUGUGAUGAGCUGGGUUGCAUGAUUAGCCAAAUGGAACCUAGUUUGAAGCAGGAUAGUAAUUUACCAAAUAGAACUGUAGAUAUUCCAGAUGUAAAGCCAAUGCUCCCUCCUUUAGACAUUGAUGAGGGAUUGUCUCGGUCACCUGUUGACGUUCGGGGUCAGCUUCCUCUGGCCCAGGAUGUUGGUCCAGGGGGUGGGUUGCCUGUUACAGUGGAGAGCCCGUUCAUUGACAAUAGCUGUGAUAGUGUUGGUCAAAGUGCGUUUAAUACUGUGGUCUAUGAAUCUCUAGCUAUAAGGACACAAGAAACUGUUGCUUCGGGAAUGCAAGUUGAUAUGGUGGAUACAGAAUGUGUAAUCGGGAAAGAAGACGAGAAUGCCCUGAAUCAUAUUACAGAUUCAAGUGAUGGUGUUAAAAGUAUGGUUGCAAUGGAUGCUGGUGACCCAAUAGAAGAAAGUGAUGCUUUGCGUGAAGGGGGUGUAAUUGGUCAAACCCAAGAGAUUUCAGAUGUCACUGUCAUUGAAGCUGGCGGUGAACAGUUGCAGAAUCCUGUCUGCUCCACCCCUGCGGAAUAUGAAAGUGAGGCAAAUGUACGUAGCAGUAACUUAAGCAAUGCGGAAGGAUCUUGUACGUUGAGGACAGAUGUUGGUAUGUCUGAAGACACAAAGGCUACUGAAGUUUCUAGAGGAAGUGAAAGUAUAUUGUUAAGAAGUUUGGAUGGCAGGACAACUGAGGUCAGGGAUGCAAGCAACAGUGCUCUCCAGUUGCAGGCAGGUAGCUUUGUCACAAGCUCUGAGGUACAUUUGAUAUCAGAGGAGAAUGAAACUUGUGCUGAUACAACUGAAAGAUAUGAGGUCUCCUCUGCCCAUGGUAGUGAUGAUUCUGAUCUUCUUGCUGCAAAAGUUAGUGAAGGUACUCCGACAUCCUCGGCAGCUGAAACUCCGCAAGGGCAUGAGACAGUUGUGCUGCCCGAAAAUGAUGGAGACAAUAGAUGCUCAAUAGACUCUCCUACUCAGCAAAAUACAAGUUCAGAUCAUCCUUCUAAUGGUGUUACUGUGAACAACGACGUUCAUGGUUCUCUCACAACUGAGAGGGAUAUUGGUUCUUUGCCUGUUGUGGCCAUAGAAGGCGAGGCUCGAGUUAUUGCAUCCUCAGUUGAUGCAGCUGGUGGCAAUGAAACAGUAGGAAGUGCUGAUCCCAGUAACAGUGAGGCUUCAUUACCAGCCAUGGAAUCUGCCAUAACAGCCGAAGAAGCUGAAAAAGAGAUCUCAAACUCAGAACUGAGGACAUCUGAAAGUGCAACUGUUGUCGAUCCUCUCGACGAAUCAGGGAUUGUUCCUGUUGGUGCAUCUGAACAAAUGUUUAGUGUAACUACUGAUCAGUCUUUACCGACAGUUGACAACUGUACUCAUGAAGGCCAGAUUGAAUCUGAAGUAGUUCGAAUGAACGAGGAUGGUCGAGAGUGUAGAAAGGCGAUGGAAGAAUGUUCUGAGCCUCAUAUGUCCGCAAACAAGGAAAAUGAUACUUCAAUUAUUAGAGAAACCGAGGAGAAGACUUUGUUAAAUGCAGCAGAAUCAAUGGCUAAAGUUGGACUUUCAGAGAGUAAUGAUUCUAGCCAAAAUGCUACUGAAAAGGCGCACGUAGAGAACAAAGCUGUGCUGUCAGUGGGUACGAAUGACAAAUCGGAUGCAGUUGCAAGUGAGAAUGAAUUUUUGACAACUUCUGCUGAUCCUGAGAAGCAGCCUGUUGCAUCGCCUACAGCACUGCCUGAUGUACAGCACCAAACAGAGGAGACUAAAAGAUCUUCACAUCCCCGCACUCCAACUUCUUCAGGCGAUGGCAACAAGUCUUCCUCUAAAAGGUCCAAGAAGGAUGUUACCACAAAAGAUGACGGGAGCUUCACUUUCCAGGUUCCUUCUUUUACCGAGUCGCCCCAAACAGAAAAUGCCAAGAAAUUGCAGGUUGUGCAGACAGUGGGGACAAGCAAAGUAUCCAUGCCUAUGGAUGGGUCUCCCUCCUCGACUUCUGGUUUGGGCCAAUUAGAUGCCAAGAUUGUUCAAGAUCUCUCUCAUCAGAGUCCUAAGGUUUCUGACUUAACCGUUCGACAAAGUGCCCAAAAAGUAAAUUCUGAGCGUAAGCCAAGGCGUAGUAGGGCAACUGGUAAGGACUCUGCUAAAAGAGGAAAGAUCACAAAGGUGACAGCACCUGCGAAGGUGGAACGGGGUAACAAUGCAAAUAUUCCUCCAGGUUCACCUGGUCUUGGUCAUCAAGUAUACUCCAAUGAGAUGCAGCUUUUUGGACCGUUUAUCGGGGUAUCAAUGCCUGGUCUGCCAGAUUUGAAUUCUUCAGCCACUACCACAUUGUUUCAACAACCAUUCACAGAUAUGCAACAAGUUCAAUUACGUGCUCAAAUCAUCGUAUAUGGAGAUUUGAUUAAAGGAACAGCUCCGGAGGAGGCAUAUAUGAUAUCUGCAUUUGGAGGAGCUGAUGGUGGUAAGAUGGCUUGGGAGAAAAACUGGCGCUUGUGUGUUGAAAGACUUAAUGCUCAAAGAUCUCAUCUCAGCACUCCUGAGACCCCUGUGCAGUCUUAUUCUGGUGUGAGAGCUCCUGAACAAACUAGUAAACAAAGCACACCUAAAGGCAAGGCCACUGGUGGUAGAUCCAGCAGUAAAGCAACUGCCUCAGCAAUUACAAGCCCAAUGCUACCUCUUUCAUCACCACUUUGGAAUGUGGCAACUCCUUCCAUGGAUCACUUGCAAUCAAGUAGCAUAGCAAGGGGUCCUGUUCUGGAAUUCCAGAGGGCACUUUCUCCAUUGCAUCCUCAUCAGACCCCAUCCAUGAGUAAUCUGGUAGCACAUAGCGCUCCUUGGAUCUCUCAGGGUCCGAUCGGUGCCUGGAUCACUUCUCCUCAAACAUCUGCGGUCGAGACUGGUAGUCGUUUCCCUGUACAGAUGCCUCAUACCGAGCCGGUUCACUUGACUCCUGUAAAAGAUUCAUCAGUGUCCCAUACCUAUGCGGUAAAGCAUGUUUCUACUGUAGCAUCUCCCACUGCUCCUUCUGGUAACGUGUUUCCUAAUUCUUCCAUUCCUGAUGUUGGUAAGGCAAUAACUUCAAGUCAGCAGUCUACUGCUCCAAAGCCUAGAAGAAGGAAGAAGUCUUCGGCGCUUGAGGACAAUGUGGACAGAGGUUUACAUCAGGAACCUCCAAGACAAUUAAUUACUGCUGCAGCAGUUUCCACCCCAGUUGACUCUGUGUCUAAAGCUCCUGCCGAAGUGGUUGCUGCAUUUCCAUCCCCUUUGACUACCAAUUUCAGAAAAGAAGACCCUAUAGUGGAGCAAAGGGCUAAUUCUUCAGAUGAGGCCCUUGGUAAAGUGAAAGAGGCUAGAGCGCAUGCAGAGGAUGCUGCUGCCUUUGCUGCUACUGCUGUUGGUCAAAGCCAACUAGUAUGGAGUAAAUUAGAUAAGCAAAGAGAUGCAGGCUUGUCACCUGAUGUGGAAGCAAAGCUGGCUUCUGCAGCUGUUGCAAUAGCUGCUGCUGCGGCUGUUGCCAAAGCUGCAGCUGCGGCUGCUAACGUUGCAGCAAAUGCUGCACUGCAAGCUAGGCUAAUGGCAGAUGAAGCUGCUGCCUCUGGGACUUAUAAUGGUCAGAGCUCUUUGAUCUCAUUCUCUAAUGACAUGGGAAAUGCAACUCCAGCAUCCAUAUUGAAGCGUGACAAUGGAAUGUGUAGCUCCAGUUCAAUUAUUUUUGCUGCAAGGGAGACUGCUAGAAAGAGGGUUGAAGCUGCAUCUGCUGCAUCAAAACGGGCUGAGAAUAUGGAUGCCAUUAUCAGAGCUGCAGAGUUGGCUGCGGAAGCUGUUUCUCAGGCUGGCAAAAUCAUAGAUAUGGGUGAUCCUUCGCCCUUGAGCGAGUUAGUAGCAGCAGGCCCCGAGGGUUUCUGGAAAGUUUCUGAAGUUUCUCCUCAACUUGUUUCUAAAUCAAAUGAGGUCCGUGCUGGAAAUUUGAGUGGUGAUGGUGGUGGAGCAAUUUGCGAUGCUUCUGUUAGCCAUGAGAAAUCAUCAAUUGCUCCGGGAGAGAUGUCUAAUGUUGCUACUGGUGUUAAGGGUGCCAAGGGACUCCAAGCUCACAAACCUUCUGAGACCCCUAGAACCUUGGAAGUGGUUUUGGAAGAUGGAAGUAGAUCUAAAUCUCCUACCAAUACUGAAAUUGAACAAGUAGAAGCAGUUGGGACUUCAGAAGGAACUGGCAUCAGAGAGGGGUCUUCUGUAGAGAUCUUGAAGGAUGGUGAUGGGUUUAAAGCUGCCUGGUUCUUAGCAAAAGUUUUAAACUUCGGGGAUGGAAUGGCUUAUGUGAGUUAUAACGAUCUUACAUUAGGGGAAGGGUCAGAGAAACUGAAGGAGUGGGUAGCCCUUCGUGGUGAAGGAGCCGAGGCACCAAAAAUACGCAUCUCUCGUCCUCUUACCACCAUGUCAUUUGAAGGAACCAAAAAGAGGCGUAGAACUGCCAUAAAUGAAUAUAACUGGUCAGUUGGUGACAGAGUGGAUGCAUGGAUGCAAGAAAGUUGGUGGGAAGGGGUUGUCACGGAAAAGAAGAAAGAUGACACUACAUUAACGGUUUAUUUCCCAGUACAAGGAGAAACAUCAGUACUACGAGCAUGGCAUCUUCGGCCUUCUCUUCUAUGGACUGAUGGGCAGUGGAUCGAAUGCUCCAAUUCAAGAGAGAAGAAUGUGCCUUCCCAUCUGGGAGAUACGCCGCAAGAGAAACGACCAAGAAUAUGGAGCCCUGUAGUAGAAUCAAAAGACAUGGACAAAGUACCCGAGAAUGAAAACGUCAACAAAGAGUCUGCUAAACCUGCUGAGCCGACAUUACUGGAUUUGGCAUCUGAACAAAAGACAUUCAACAUGGGCAAGAGCACUGGAGAUGCUAGUAGAAUGGCUCGAACCGGUUUGCAGGCCAAAGGAUCAAAGGUCUUGUUUGGUGUCCCAAAGCCAGGAAAGAAAAGGAAGUUCAUGGAAGUGAGCAAGCAUUAUGUUGGAGGAUCACGUGGUGGUAAAAUGGCAGACGAAACUAAUGAUCCAUCAUCAAAAUUUCCCCGAUGGAGAGGUGGUACUACUUCGAGAACUGACACCACCGAGAAAAGAUCGGUCAUGCCCAAGCCCAGGGUUCCGAAGCUGCCUGGGAAAACGAGCAGUCAUCCCCAAGCCCAAGGUUCUGCUACCUCUGGUGAUGCUAUUGUAGCUGCAUUUACAGAUCCCAAUGCAAAGACAAAGAAUUCUACGGCGAGCAGAGAAGGUUCGAGUGGGGCUGAAAAACAGAGUUCCAUUGAUUUCCGAGCCUUUUCUAGCUCCGAGGAGACGCCGAGGGCUCCUGUCGUGUUUUCUUCUAUUCGACAACCGGGUCCUGUUGCGACUAAGAAACCGUCAACAGUAAAUGCGAGAGGUGAAAGGGGAAGUAAAGGUAAAUUUGGCAUAGGUGUGGGUAAGUUGGGCAAAGUGGAGGAGAGAAAAGCUCUGGCCAGUGCUAGUUUAGGAAAAGAAACCUCUGGCGCUGAGGCUCCUCGUAGGUCCAACCGACGAAUUCAGCCAACAUCAAGACUGCUGGAAGGGCUGCAAAGCUCGCUGAUGGUCUCGAAAAUACCAUCUGUGUCACAUGAUAAGAGCCACAAAAGUAGGCCUGCUGCCAGAGGGAAUAACAAUGGUUGAAACCUUUCUUGCUAUGGAAUAGGUGGAAAUAAAGCCGGUUGGUGACUCUACUUGCGGAACAUGGAGAUUCAGCUGAAGCAUAAAGGAGGGGGAGUUGGAAAUGAAUAGAAAUUUGUAGCCUGUUGUGUAUACUCUAUAUGAUUAGGAAGGAAGAAAGGUUGUAAGCUAGAGAAUUUGGGGGAGAAUUCUUGCUCUCCCUUUGUUAAGUAAGUUAUGUAAAGAUAUUAAGUGCUUUGGUUUUGGUGGUGGUGGGGAGUUAGGAUAGGAUGUUCAUAUCUCUGAUUAACGAUUUGACUAGGUUUAGGCUGCUGUUGCCUCGCUCGUUAAUAGUGUGCAUUUGUAUGUGAGAAUUGUCCCUGUAGGAGUAGCUUGGGCAUAUUCGGCAACUCGCACAAUGCUUCUACCAUUAACGAUUUGGCGACACACCGAGCACCAAGUUGGCGAAACCAAUGUAUAUGGCUGAUUUAAGCAUAGAAGGUACUAUGAGGAACACAUCUUUGACGAGGCAUUUCUCAAGCAAGAAGAGCAUAUAUUGAUACUCUGCCAAGCUACAAACUACCCAUCCAUAACAUGUCCAAUUCUCCCCUUCCAUCGAUGAACAGUGCCUCCUAACUAAUCCUUCACUUCCAAAGAGAACCCGAAAAAUAAACCACUAACUUCAAUCUUUGUAGCAAGCGUCACAACGUUUUGCCUACCAAAAGCUAAUUUUAUGAACAGUUGCAACUCACUGAAAAUCUUCUCCUGUACAACCAAUCAUCCUUCGAGGUUCUAAUGUGUCUACAGAAGCUAAGCACCAGCAGAAGAGGAAGACCAUGGCAGCGUUUUCAGUAGGUAGUCUCUUGCUCAUGGAGAUGAGAAUGAGUUCUCGCUGGUAUCGACAGUUGUCUGUAUGUCGAGUUGGAAUGUGUGAAUCAUAAGUGUCUUGGCAAAAAAUAGUUUGCUACUCCUGCCGUGUCAUUUCAUCAGCAUCAGAUCUUCCUUCAAUAUCAUCCUUAGCCUCUCUUGAAGACGGAUUCCCGUUAUUUCUGCGGCCGUGCGUUUGGGUUGAGAGACGACCGGUUCUGUGAGUAAGUAGGGUCUUCCUUGAAGUUACCGUCCUCGGUGAAUGGCUUCUCGCAGAUACAAGAAGCAGGGUGUUCAUGAAACUCGCUCUUACUAGGUUUUGAGUCAUCUGGUUCUCCCAUGAACCCUCUCUGGCAUGACUUUACCUUUUUGGAGAAGGUUUCCCAAUCCAUUUUCUGUCUUUUCAGGAACAAUGCGCUCAGCCUUUUAGCAUUCGGGCGAAUCGUCCUCUUGUGACCUGCGUACCUCCUUCGCCCAGCAAGAAUCUUAGCCAUGUUUCCGUUGUUGUUUGUGACGAAGACAUCACUCUCGUCGCAGACAAUGUAGUCCACAGCAGCCAAGCGGGAAGAGUAAGGAAGUAAUGGUUUCAGAUCUUGGUCCGCAAGCAUCUCCUUGGUGUAAAAGUUCGGGAACAGUUCUUUAAGGGGUCGUAGGGUUUCUUCUCCUCCGUAUAUUUCUCCAGAUGCAACAUAGAGGUAUGUGUCAUUAGCAAAGCCCAAUGCACGAAGCAUCAAUCCUACUUCAUGAGGAGUGAGUGGACAUUUCCCUCUCGCUCUCUCGUCUUCAGGACUUAGAUCCGGCAAUGUGUCCCAUCUUUUUCUUAUUUGACUCAGCUCGAAUCUUUCUUUGUCACCACCUCCAAAGUAGCAUCCAGAAAAGGCAAGCAUAUCAGGUUCAAAUCUCAAGUGAAUAGCAAUGAAACGUGUAGCCAUUGUUUUCAUUUUCAUAACAAUCUUUCGGCCAACUUCACGUAUUGGCUUUGUGAAUCUCAGAGCAUGAUAGUUAACACGACACCGCAACUUCUGCAAUUCUUCAUCAAGCUCAUAGCCAAGCCUAUAAUCAAACUUUGUCAACUGCACAACUUGUCUCCUUAAUAAUAUGGGUAAAACUUGGUCCAUAUAAUAUUCGGGUGGGGACUUUCUGGGUACCCGCAUUGUAUAUGGAGGCUUAUCCAUUGAUCGCAUAACUUUAUCUGGAACUCUUUUAACAAUUGUGACAUCUUUUGCAAGGUAUGAGAUGAACCAAUCAACAUCGAAUAUAUCAACAAAAUCACUGCACAUCUUUCCAAUAAGAAUGGUGAUCCAAUUCAGGAACAACUAAUGUAGCAUUAAGAAACCUCGCCACAACUACAGCAUCGGUUAUCUGGAAAGAGAAAAAGUCUAAGUCAGCACUCAGCAAUGGUCUGCUUGGUCGGAACUACAAUAAUAUGAACUUUCACAGCAGCAUCUAAGAAGUCCAAAAGUAUACAGUGCAAUUCAUCAGUCAAACGAAGUUAAUAAUGAACAACAUGACUGCUCGAUUUUGAUAGGAACUAUCUGAUUAAGACUGCUU